GAACAGACAGGAAAGGAAAGUCCCCUGAUUAUUUGGUAUGGAAGGGGUUAAGUCCUCAGUCACCCUGUUCUAACGUGAUUUAUGAUGAUGGGUAGAGUUUCAAAACUUUCCCCCACCCUAAAGAACAGUCCUCUCCCUCCUCACCGAGUUCACUCUCAAUGUGCUGAAAUGGGAAGGAGGCGGUGUUUUGCUGAUCUGUUAAAUUCUUAGUGAAGUUUCCUUGAUUUCCAGUGGCUGCUGUUGUUUGAGUUUGGUUUGGAGCAAAACUGAGGUAGUCCUGACAUUUCUGGGACUGAGUCCAGGCAAGAGGAAGAAGAAAGAGAAGGAGAAGGAAAAAGGAAGAAAAAAGGUGGGGAGAAAUAAAGGAGGAGAGGAGCAUAGGAAAAGAAAAAAAGACUUUUUUCAACAUCACAUUCCUGUGUUUUCCCUCAGCCUGGAAAACAUAUUAAUCCCAGUGCUUUUACGCCCGGAAACAAAGGGACUAAGCCAGACUGUGGGGGAAAGAGUGAUAAGAAGGAUCCUGGAACUCUGCAGAAGGAGAGAGAGAGAUUCAGAAAUCGCUAGGACUCCACUUUAAGGGACGCCCUGUGUCGGCACAAGCGACUGGCACACACAGACGCAGAAGACCAAGGAGAAACUGCAAGGCAAAUGGAGAUACAAAGACUUAAAAGGACAGCUCCUUUCACCUCAUCCUCCUUGUCCAGAAGGUAAAAAGACUCAGCCCAAAGCAGAGGCAUCAGCCUAGUGCUCAUUCAGGACAGGCUUCGGAUCCGUGGUGCUACUGGAAAGCUGGGACGGCAGCACACCCCUUUGUACUGCUCACCCUCAGAAAGGAGACAGAGGGUUGGGAGGAAAAGUGUUUCAUCUAGGAAACUGUCCUGGGGACCAAAUUUCCAGAUUUCUUUUGAAACCCUCUACAUUCCAUCUCUAUGAGCCACAAUCGGAUUACACAAUGACGUGGAGAAUGGGACCCCGUUUCACCAUGCUGUUGGCAAUGUGGCUGGUGUGUGGAUCAGAACCCCACCCCCAGGCCACAAAUAGAGGGAACCACGGAGGGCGGAAAGUGCCUUUGGUUUUCUCAGUCAGUGGUCGGCCAGUUCGGUUUCUGAGGCACACGGGGAGAUCUCGUGGAAUUGAGAGAUCCACCCUGGAAGAACCAAAGCUUCAGCCUCUCCAAAGAAGGAGGAGUGUGCCAAUAUUGAGACUAGCUCGCCCAACGGCACUGCCAGUCCCCUUAGGCAUCAAUGGGGCCCUCGUGAGACCUGAGCAGAGACCAACAGCCAGGAGCUCUCCCCGUGAGAUGGUCCGAGAUGAGGGGUCCUCAGCUCGGUCAAGAAUGUUGCGUUUCCCCUCUGGGUCCAGCUCUCCCAACAUCCUUUCCAGCUUUGCAGGGAAGAACAGGCUGUGGGUUAUCUCGGCCCCACAUGCUUCGGAAGGCUACUACCGCCUGAUGAUGAGCCUCCUGAAGGAUGAUGUGUAUUGCGAGCUGGCGGAAAGGCACAUCCAGCAGAUUGUGCUGUUCCACGAGGCAGGUGAGGAAGGGGGCAAGGUACGAAGGAUCACGAGCGAGGGCCAGAUCCUGGAGCAGCCCCUGGACCCCAACCUCAUCCCAAAGCUGAUGAGCUUCCUGAAGCUGGAAAAGGGCAAGUUUGGCAUGGUACUGCUGAAGAAGACGCUGCAGGUGGAAGAGCGCUACCCUUACCCGGUCAGGCUGGAGGCUAUGUAUGAGGUCAUCGACCGGAGCCCCAUCCGCAGGAUAGAGAAGAUCAGGCAGAAGGGGUUUGUCCCCAAAUGUAAGGCCUCUGGUGUAGAGGGCCAGGUGGUGGAGGAGGGGAACGGUGGUGGAGGAGGAGCAGGAAGGCCAAGCCUGGGCAGCGAGAAGAGGAAGGAAGACCCAAGGAGAGCACAAGUCCCACCAACCAGAGAGAGUCGGGUGAAGGUGAUGAGAAAACUGGCCACCACUACGGCGGCUCCUUCCCCACCGCCCCCGACCCCCAGAGCCACCACCCUU